GCGACCGCCUCACGAGCGAGCUCUCUACCGCCUCACGGGCUCUCGGUGUGGAGUAGUGAGCACACGGCUACUGUCAGUGAGCUCGGUGGACAGUGCUCGUGUGAGAUAGUAGCAGAGGACCCGCGGAGCGACAGAAGACAGACGCUGCCAGUAUUGACCUUAUGAAAUGAAACUGUUAGCGCUCGUAACGUCACUUCGCGAGCCCUCGUUUUGACAGCCACCUGCCCAGACGUUGACAUUCUAGCGCGCAGAGGGGAUGCUGACGUUCGACGGAGCAUGCUCUUAUUUCUUCUUGUAAAUGGAUUAGUUAAUAGCACAUCCGUCACCGAGCACGCUUUUUGUCGUGUCUGGGUCGCUUAGACAAUAUUGGACUUUCCAGUGGUUGCUGUUCUAUUUUGUCUUCGCAAGAAAGCAUUUAACCUGCAAGCACCGCAUUAGGCUACUACUCCCCGAGCUCAGCGAGGGUUCAGCAGAGUAGCCCUCCCUGUCAUCCAUUCUGUCAAAGACCAAUCUCCAUUCGCGUUGUGCAGAUAACAUGGAAACUAAGGACCAGAAACAGGCAGAUGGCAGCACCCCGUCUCCUGCUCCCCCCGAAUCCGCCUUUGACCCCUCGCCCUUCGCCCCACCCCCGAGUCGCCCCCGCCGACCACAGAGGGCCGCCCGCGUAGAGGGCUCCAUCGACGUCUCCGAGCCCAAAUCGCCCGGACUCCCAGAGUCCAAGCCAGCUCCAGCUCCUGCCCCUGCUCCUGCCCCUGCCCCUGCCCCUGCAACUGCCCCUUCAUCCACCGCCGCCCCGCCUGCUUCAGAUGCCCCGGAUGGCGCCCAGGUAUCCACCAACUCCAAGCCCCAGCCCACAGCUCCUGGAGGCCCCUCAGGAGGACCCCCCUCGGAGGGGGGCCCAGGGCCCGGUGACAAGCCCCUUCUGAAGGGCCCCCUGCCCCACCACAUGGGGUCCCGUAGCCCCAUGGCCAUGCGUGCCGCCUCGCUGCCCCAGGCCCCCUCCGCCAGGCCCCCUCCCCGCUCAGUGGACCCCCUCCAUGCCCACAGGGCCAUGUCCGUGGCCGGCACCGCCGACACUCAGGCACAGGUGGUGGAGGACUUCAGGAUACACAUCAUUACCUGGAACGUGGGUUCCGCUAUGCCUCCCGAUGACAUCACCUCUCUGCUGGGCCUCAACGUGGGAGAUGGGAACACAGACAUGUACAUCAUAGGGCUUCAGGAAGUGAACUCCAUGAUUAAUAAGCGUCUAAAGGAUGUGCUCUUCACUGACCAGUGGAGUGAGGUCUUCAUGGAGAGGCUCGGCCCCUUCGGAUACGUCCUGGUGACGUCUCAGCGUAUGCAGGGUGUGCUGCUGCUGGUGUUUGCUAAGUAUUACCACCUGCCCUUCCUCAGGGGGGUGCAGAACGAGACCACCCGCACCGGCCUGGGAGGCAUCUGGGGGAAUAAGGGUGGUGUGAGUGCGCGCAUGUCGGUGUUCGGCCACUCGGUCUGCUUCCUGAACUGCCACCUGCCGGCCCACAUGGAGAACUCGGACCAGCGCAUGGAGGACUUUGAGAGCAUCCUGCAGCAGCAGCAGUUCGAGGGCGCCGUGCCCAUGGGAGUCCUGGACCACGAUGUGGUGUUCUGGUUUGGGGAUCUGAACUUCCGCAUCGACGACCUGGACAUGCACGUGGUGAAGGGGGCCAUCGACGCCAACAAGCUGGCCACGCUCUGGGAAAACGACCAGCUGAACAUGGCUAAGGACAGUGAGACCGUGCUGGAAGGUUUCCACGAGGGCCCCCUCAAGUUCCCCCCCACCUACAAGUUUGAUGUGGGGACCAACACCUAUGACACCAGUGGUAAGAAGCGCAAGCCGGCGUGGACCGACCGCAUCCUGUGGCGUCUGCGUGCCACAGCGCCCCCUGUGGUGGGAAACAGUAAGCGCCACUCCCUGUCGGGCCCCGGCGGCCCCGGUACCACUGGCGGCCUGAGCAGCGGCGCCCGCGUGACUCAGCACUUCUACCGCAGUCACAUGGAGUACACCUGCAGCGACCACAAGCCCGUGGCAUCCAUCUUCACACUGCAGUUCCCGUAUAAGGUGGACAUCCCACUGGUGACCCUGAUAGUGGAGGAUGAGUGGAGGGAGGUGGCCGACGCCGUGGUGCGCUUCAAGGUGGCGCCAAACUUCGGACGCAGCUCCUGGGACUGGAUUGGCCUCUACAAGGUGGGCUUUAAGCAUCACAAGGACUAUGUGGGCUACACCUGGGCCAAACAGGAGGAGUCAGACUACCUGAGGAAGGAACACCAGGUGAAUUUCACCGAGGAGGAGUUGCCCAAGGGCUCUGGAGAUUUCAUCCUUGGUUACUACAGCAACAACACUAGCACCAUCGUGGGCAUGACCGAACCUUUCCAGAUCACUCUGCCCACCUCCAGUCCAGGCGGGGCCAGCGCCUCGGACAGCUCUGACUUCAGUUCGGACGAGGGUACGGUGGGCGGCAGCUCGCGCCACUCCAGCCCUGAGGGUGGAGGAUGCUUCGCCAGGAAACGCAGCAGCAGCGGCAGCGGCAGCGGCAGUCACAGCCACUCCCCCUCUCCCUCCAGAGGCUCCACCUCCCCCACCGCGGCCAAGCCCAAACGCAAGCCUCGCCGCCCCAAAAGCAAGAAAGCCGCGGCUGACGCUGCCGCCAACACUGCAGAGUCUGAUGCUCCUGAUGCCCCACCACCGUCAGACACCGCCGCCACCACUACUACGGGAGAGAAGACAAGCCCAGCAGAGGCGCCCUCGACUGGGGAGAAGGCUGCAGGCGAGGCUGGGGAUGCAGGCUCGUCGUAGGCCCCGGUUUUGGUCUGGUCGCACUGAGCUAACCUUACAGUGUUGUGUGUUGUGUGUGUGAGAAGGCUGUUUGAGGGCUGGGGUGGGCUCCUAUUGGGCAGGGUGAGAAGGAGACCUCAUGCUAUUGGUCAUCACCCUCGCCUCAUAGCUCCCUCCCACCUCCCCUGACAUAUCCCUCCCUCCCUCUUUACAUCUCUCUCUCUCUCUCUCUC